CUUUGGAAUACCAUAAUCCCAGGAAAGCACCAUGAAACCUCAGUGUAUCCUUGUGCUGGUUCUCCUGGUCAUCUUAGCAGUGCACAGUAAAGUGAAUGAGGCUGUGUCGUUUCCCUGGGGCUGUGCUAGCCUCAGCGGAGUCUGCAGACAAGGAAAAUGUCUGCCUUCAGAACUGUACUUUGGACCAUUCGGCUGUGGCACAGGGUUCCAAUGCUGCGUGUCACAUUUUCUAUGAGAACUGACAGUGAAAUAAGGCAGUGACAGCAGAUUCAACAAUGUGAAUUCAAUAUUUUCUGUGAUCGGUUUCUGUCUGUUCUGUAAUUCAACACAUGCCUAAAUAUUUAUGCAUGCAAAUGCACAGAGAUAUGUCUCAGAUGCCUGAGAACGGGCCUUGCCCUAAGGUUCACAGAUUUGAAAUGCUUGUGUAUCACUUAUUGUCAUAUAACAGCACCGGUCGCGUGAUCUACAAAAGAAUUUUGAUUAGAUAAUCCUGUUUCAAGGAGCCAUGUUGUUCAUGACCUGGAACAAUUGUAUCCAGGCUCUAUAAUCUACAGUCUGUAAACUAUAGACUAUUUUGGUGUGUACAUUUAAAAGCACUGA